AUGCAUACACUUUUUAAAGAGACAAAAGAUAUAAAAUAAUUGGAACUUAAAGUUUAAGUAUUUAAAGAAUUUUAGAAAAAUAAUUAAAUUGUAAAUAAAGUUGGUGAUUUAAUUUAUUUUGGUCAUAUAUAUCAUCAUUUAGCAAAUAAAUGCAAGAAUAAAUAUACUGAAUAUGGUAUGAGAUGUUUUUGUACAAUGAAAAUAACAUAUGAUUCGAAAUUGUAAAAGGAUAUAAGAAAAACUAUUUAAGCAAUUAGAAAUCAUCGAUCUAGUUUCACAAAACUUAUGAUUAAAUCAUUAUUUGAAAUACUUAUAUAGAAUUAACCUAGAAAUAUAGAUUUAAGGUUUAUUUAUGCUUAAUUUCUAUAUUUUAAAAUGAAGAAUAGAAUUUAAGCAUAUGAAUAAAUACAAUAGAUUUAGAAAAAAUAAUUGAAUCUACAUUUAUAAUUAAGGAUUGCUUUAAUGAUUUCUAUGAUUUAAGAUAAUGUUACAGAUAUAAAUAGUCUUGCAUAUCAUAGUGUCCUUGACUUUGAAUAUGUAGUAGAAAUGGAAGAAACAGUUUCUUAAAUAUAUUAAGUAGUAUUAAGAGUAUUAAAUCUAAAUUCUUUGUUUUGGAGAAAAUUGAAUAAGAAUCCUUAAUUAGAAUAGGCUCUUAUUGAUAUAAAUAAGGAUAUUAGUGAAGAGAUGACUAAUUGUAAUAAAUUAUGGAAAAAUCUCAUGAAACAUGAAGUGAGAGUAAAGUAAUAAGAUGUUAUAACUACAUAUUUAAAUAAAAGACUUAUAUGGAAAUUUGUUUAUUUUUGGUAUAUAAUAAAUAAAUUAAUUAUAGGUACAGAUUAUUUAUUCUAAAUAAAAAAAUUAGAUUAACUUAAAUUGAAUGUGUAAGUUCUGCUACAUUACAUUAAGAAAUUAUUAAUGAAGAUUCUGAUAGUGAUUAUGAAAUUAAAGCAUAUGAUUAGUUUAGUAAUUCAAAGCCAUUCAAUCAUAUGAGCUUAAUUAUUCACUCAUUACUUAAUGGAUAAAUUAUUAAAUGUAGUUAAUCUUGUAAAGAAGUAUUAGAAUAUGAAAAUUUAAAAUCCAUAUAUUAAUUAAUACCUGAAGUCUUCUAAAGAAAUCAUCAAAAUGCUAUUAAAUAAUUUUUGUAUUAAGGAAAAAGUAAGAAUUUACAUAAAAGUCGUAAGAUAUUUGUUAGACAUUCAUAAGGAUAUAUAAUAUAAGCUAGAAAAUAUCUUAAAUGGUAAUUAGAUAAAUAGAAUCAAAUUAAUUUUAUAGCUAUGAUAAGACCAAUAAUAAGAUUAGAAUAAAUAAAUUUUAUAAUAUUAAAUGGAGAUUGGGAAGUAGAUGCUGUUACUAGACCACUAUUUUAAAUAUUAUAAUAAAAAACUUGUUUGCUCUUACUAUGCACAGGUUUAUUUCAAUUUUCAAAAUAUGGACAUUAUUUAGAUUCAGAUGAUAUAACUAGAUUCAAAUUAAAUUCAAAAUCAAAAUCAUUAAAUAUGACAUAAUCAAAAUAUUAAAAUAUGAAUGACAGCAUACAUUUUAAUUCAUUAACAAAUUCUUCAAAAAUUAAUACAAUGGAUAAAUAUCACAUUGAAUCAGAAGAUCAAUCCUUUGCUUUUUUUGGUGAAGAUAAUAUAGAGUAUUAUAAUACAGAUAAUACAUUUACAAAUAAAAGAUUAUUCAAAAUAGUAGAUGAAUAACAUGUAAAAUUAACACUAAGAUUACCAAAAAAAUUAAAUUAAUUAAAUUAAGAAUAUGAAUAUUUAAAAACAUCUACUUUUUAAGAUGUAAUUCAAUAAACAGAUUUAUCUACUAUAUAUUAAAAUAAGAAUAGAUUAAUUUUUAGAAAUUCAGAAAAUAAAAUUAAAAUUAAUAAACUAUUACUAUUUCGUAGAUUAUAUGAUUUCAAUCAAAGAGUAAUGAAAUAAAUGUUUGAUAAUUUAAGAGAUUUAUUUGAAAAAUACUGUUCAUAAAAUCGAUUAUUAGAUAAAAUUAUUAAAUUAGAUGCCACUAUUCAUUUUACUAAAACUAUAUCUAUGGAUCAUUAUACAAUUAUUAAAAUUAAUAAAUAUGAAAUAUUUGAAUAUCAUCAAAGAUAAUUUAGAGAAGUAAUCUUUAUUAAUUAUUAAAAGACACACAAUAUCCUUACUGAAUCUCGCAUUAGAUAAUCUAAACCAUCUCUAGUUGAAAUGUAUAUGGAUCCAAGAAUUUUUGGAAUUCAACAAUAAGGUACUUAAUAGAUAAUAUAUCAGAAGUUGAUUCUAACAGAAUAGAUCAGAAUAAAUCUUUUCUAACUGAGGGAUAAGUCUUUCCUGAAUUUGUUUAAUAUCAUCCUACUGAAGUUGUGCUUAAACUUGAAAAUAAUAUUUUCUUCAAAUAAGAUAACAAUAAAAUAAGUAAAAACAUAAAAGAGAUAAGUUUUUUUAUAUUCUUUAAUAGAAUAAUGAUCACAACUCUAUAUUUAUUAACAACUAUUGCAUAUUUUAAGGGUCCUUCCUUAACUCAACAUGCCUAAAUAUAUUCUGAAGUAAAUUUAUAUUAUAAUAGAGAUUUAAAAAUUAUAACUAAUUUCAAAACUCUCUUUAUGUGUUAUCUAAACAUAUGAAUAUACUUUGGAUUUUUAUUUAUUUAAUUUACAGAAUGCUUCUGAUAUAGAUGUAGAACAAUAUUUAUUAAAAUAAUCAGAUCUGUUAUAAUAAUAAAUGUCAUUUAUUAAUUAAUCUCUUACUAGUAAAGAUUUUAUUGAAAUUAUCUUUGGUUACUAAAUGCUUGAAAAUCCAAUCAAUGAUUUAAUUUCAUAAUUUAUGGCUAUUUUAAAUUAGUGCAAUAAAUCUAAUUGGUAAUUCAUAAAUUCUUAAUUUAAUUUUUUGGAUGAAUUUAGAUUAAUUAUUAUUCCAGAUAUAUAAGUAGGUUUACUUAAUAGUUACCUUCAAUAAUAUAAUAAUUAAAUGAAUAGAUUAUAUGAGUAUCAAUAAUUUGCUAUUUUUGAGAUUAUUAUUACAAUUUGUUUGAUUAUCUUCUUUAUAAUUGCAAAUAUAAGUUUGAUUAUAAAAAUCAUUAAUAAAAAUAAAGUACUUCUUAAUAUCAUUUAGACUAUUAUCAAAUCCUUACAUUUAUUAUCAUAAUAAUAGAUAACAACAUCUAUUUAAUAUAUAACUUGGUUGAAAUUAUAAUUAAGAUUCUUGAUUGACUUAGAAACAAUGAAAUUUUUGAAUUCCAAAGCAACAUAAACAUCAUAUUGUGAUCAAUUGACCAAAUACGAAAAUCAAGAAUAAAAUAGUUAAAUAAAUUCUAAAGCUAAUUUAUAUAUAGGAUCAUCUUAAUGGAUUAAAAUAAAAGUAAAUAAUAAUAAUAUAAAUUAUGUAGAUUACUUUUUUCCUUUAUUAUUUUUUCUUUAGUUUAAUUAUAUCAUCUUUUGUUUUUUAUUAUUUACUAUUUCUUUAAGCCUUUUAAAAUGGAGCUUUGAUGAUAUUUAAUGAAAAUGAGUUUGUUAAGAAUCGUAAUCAUCUCUAUGCUAUGGUUAGCAUAAAAGAACUCUAUAUUUACUAAUACAUAAAUAAUUCAAAUAUAGCUAUUGAGGGGAUCAAAAAUAAUGUUUAAGAUUUUAUUGAUUAAAUAGAAGAUGAACAAGAUCAAAUAUAUGAGACUAAUAUUGAUUAAGUAUUUUAAAUGUUUUAUGGAAAUUAUUGCCAAAUUCUCUUAGGUUAAAUUUGAUGUAACUUUAGAAAUUUAAUAUAAUACAACAAUUGAUUAGUAUGAGUAGUGCUAAUAUAAAUUAAAUGGAGCAUUUACUAGAGGAUUAAAUCAAUAUCAUUUAAUAUUGAAUUAAAUUGCAUUAUCAUUGAUAAAUCCUAAUGA